GCUCAUGAGAAUGUAUUGGAUCUCUCGGAGCGGCCGCGAUCCCUGUUCGAGACACUGCCGAUCAACGAUCUAGGACCCGAAUUAUCCUCACGCCUAGAGGCAUCGCUCAAGGUUUCCGAAGGCGUCGAUUGCGCAAAGUCAGCACGGCUCUGGGAGAGCCUCCUCGAGGUCUAUCGGAUACCGUACCUCCUUCUCAGAGUCGCAGAUAUGCGGAUGACUCUUAAAAGCCGACCGACCGCCUUAACUCUGUACGAAGAGCUUACGUCCAUUACAGUGGAAGAAUAUAAGAUUGGUAUACCAGCAUUCGCUGCGAGUCAACGUUGGCAAUCGACUAUUGAGACACCAUUCCCGCACUGCAAAUUACAACAGAUGCAGAUCAAAGAGCUACGUGACGAAUGGAGUAGUAUGGGGGACCCGCAUAUCCUGAUGGAUAAAUUCCUCAACAUGCAUGCCCUCGCGACGAACAAGAUUGAGGGCAAUGUUGAUCUCAAUUAUUCUGAUACUACCAGAUUGAUUCAAGUCGGUUUUUACCAUCAAAUGGAACCCACUAGUCUCAAGCAUAUCAUCACUAGCACAGCGAUGGACCGCGCUGAAAUCUUGUCUAUCCUGAGAGACACUCACGAGACCCUCCGAGACGUGUUCGAACUCCUCAAAUCUGAACAUAUCCACCUCACUGUCAACGGGAUCUGUAAGCUUCACGAGACACUGAUGCAAACCAAUCGUGUCCGCUACUUCCCCGAAGCACCUGUUGGGCUAAAAUACAUCUACCUUAAUAUUGGGGUAACUCGUCAGGUAUCCCGCCUCAAUGUAACGGCGCCUCUCAAUGCUACUGCGGCCUUCGGAGAGAAGGGCACAGCAGUCCAGGAGUUUCCAGUGGAAAAAUUGGGGCAGGAUGUCGCCUUGCAGCUUGAGGCCUCCCUCAAAGUCGAGCCGUCGGAUGGCGUGGCCUGCGCUGCAUCCGCGAGGCUGUGGGAAGCACUCCUAGAGAAUUACCGAGUGCCUUACCUAUUGCUGAGGGUUGCGGAUAUGCGAUUUGCGCUGGGCAGCCAGGUUACUGCACUCAGCUUAUACGAGGAGUACUGGCGAUCCACUGUCACGGCGAAUGCACCAUUUCCAUGCGGCAAUCUCAAAGAGACGGAGUUCAGACGCAUGUACGAGAUGUGGGGGCUCGUAAGCAAAAAAGCGAACGACGCAGACAAAUUCUUUAACUUCCACUGCAUCGAGACAACGGUUAUCGAGGGGGUGGUUAUGUUUGAUGCAGAGACCCGUGAUGACCUGAUCAUGUAUGGACUCGAUGAGAAAGCGGUGCCUGUCGAGGACAGCAGUAUCGUGGCUGGUGCCGUUCGCGGCUGCGCAGACGCCCGAGCCAUACUCCGUGAUACUCGCCAGGCGAUCGACGAGAUCUACACCCUGGCUAAAUGCGAGCCUAUCAUGCUGACCGUAGAGACCAUAUGCCGUCUUCAUCAGGUUCUGAUGAAGACGAGCCGUGUACUUCACUUCAAGGACAACAACUCAGAUGGGCCUCGAUUGGCUUACACCAACAUAGGAGUCACUCGCCAGCACUCGCGUGUCAAUGUCGUGGUGCAGAAUCCGAUCGUGAUGAUUCAGUUCUGCCCCUUCGAUCAAGUAGAUAAAGAGUUACGCGUGUUCUGCGAACGAUUCAAUGACCUCGUUCGGCAAGACGACGUGGACCCGUUUGCGGCAGCUGCGUGGAUCAGCGACGUCUUCGUUACCAUCCAUCCAUUUGAGGACGGCAAUGGGCGCCUUUCCAGACUCCUGGCGUCAGUGCCGCUGAUACGCAAGGACCUGCCACUGCUCAGGGCGGAUCGUGACGGCGACUAUCGCCAGCUGAUGCAUUUCUUGUACUUGGUGACGGUGAUAUCGGUAACUACAAUCAAGAUGAUGAUUGGCGCAAAUAAUGCGAGCAACAAGAUAUGCCAGUGGCCCAUAGUAAUUAGAUUCUCCACAUCUUCAGCAAAGCGGAUGCAUUAUCAGGUCUGGGAGGGACAUCUAGUACGCGCAGCGCAAACCGAGGCCGAUACGCACAGCGCAAAGAAAAUGAUUGAUGUUCCAAUAAUUGCGUGUAUGCAUGCGUCGAUUCUGAAUUUCAAGCGAAACAUCCGUUAUAGCAUCCGGCCUUCUACAAGUCCGAGCAAAAUCUUUUGCAUGGAUGUCAACGGUGAUGACGGCAAGAGAGGCAACUUCAUACCAUCAACUGCCGGAAGACGUGCACGCGCAGAGCAGAUUCUACCAGCCCAGGAAGCAAGACGAAACGAACAAUUUAACAAGCCAAUAUCCAAGCAGGCACACAUUAGCUCCUAUCGCUAUAUAUAUAUGAGCACGAUGACCAGCUGGCAGCAACACGACACUCAAUAUCGGUCAAUGGACAAUGGUACACGACCCUGCAAGUAUUUUGGAUCUUUCGGGGAGGUAGAUGGAAAGGAUGUAGAGUCGGAGGAAGACAUCGGGUGGAUAGCAGAUGUAUGCGACGACCUCGCAGAGAACAUGGAUAGCGGUACAGUAGCCACCCUCAAGUUGCUCAUGUUGUUUCGCGCACAGCCCUAUUACUUGACCGAGAAUAUCCAUCAUCCAAUGACCCGUGAGGACCUAAUCGCGUCCGAGGACGGAUUGGUAUAUAAUACCUCGAUCUUUACAUCAUGCGCGGAUACGGACAGCGUAUCCACCGCACUCGCACCUGGUCUGCACAUGGCAGAUCAGAAUGCGACUACAAAUGAAUACGACGCUCACACCGACGGCGAAGAGGAUCUCUUCAACGAGCAAGACCGCGAGGCGGGUACCACUGUCUCCGCAUGCCCUCCUGCCCCUCGUCAUACUACCAAUGGAAUGGCCGACAAGGAAAUGAGCAGCAUCAAGGACGACAGGACUGGCGAGGGCUACGUGGACGUCAGAACCAACGUGUGGCCACCCGCAAGGUCACCUCAGCCGGCUCAGAUUAGUGACGCGUCAGGAGCACGUGACGCCUCGGUAUUGUGUGCCACCACGACCCAAGACCAUCACUCUCACUCAAGACAGGGACUCAAGCACAAGCGCAUGUUGGAACAACGGUGCGAACGGUGCGGGGCGCGUUUGUCCACGGGCGUAGCGAUGCCCGUAAGGGACAAUCGCGUGCGGGGCCUCCGGCCCCCGGUUACUCGCGCGCCCGAGCUUGCGAGCUCGUUCCUGACCGCGCGGGUCAGCGCGUUUCAACAGCGCAAUGAUGAUGCCGACGAAGACAAUGAUGAAAUGGCUCAUGUCAAGACCACGACAAGCGCGGAACCCACCCAGGAGCGCAAGGUCAAGAAGAUACGUAUUGAGCCCACGGAAGUGCCACACGUUACCUGUCCAGGCUGUGGAGGCAGCUUCCGCGAAGAUACGUUCGGACGCCAUUGGAGGGAUCAUUGCGGGAUGAGCCCAGAAAGAGAAAACCGGCAGCCGUUGAUCUGCGACGUCUGCCGGAGGAUGUGGCAGCCUGGAAACGACCGACUCAGGGACUUUUCGACUGAUCAUUCAUUGAGGCGUCAUGUGGUCCGCCGGCAUACAGAAGAGGACUGGCACGCGAUGCAGCGUGAGAGGGGCAAGAAGACUCGCCGAUCGCACAAGAGAAGCAAGGGUGCUGCAGAAUUGCCAGUGGAUACGCUGGGGAAGGAUGUCGCCUUGCAGCUUGAGGCCUCCCUCAAAGUCGAGUCGUCGAACGGCGUGGCUUGUGCUGCAUCCGCGAGGCUGUGGGAAGCACUCCUAGAGGAUCACGGCCAGGUUACUGCACACAACUUAUACGAGGAGAGACGAAACCCUGGAAAAUUGGAUUCGUCAGACUCGGCCUUCAGUAUUAUUGGAUACUCAGGAACAGCAAUGUGGAAGACCGUGAGCAAGAAGGCAAGCAACGCAGACAGGUUCUUUAACUUGCAUUGCAUCGAGACAACGGUUAUCGAGGGAGUGGUAAUGUUUGACGAAUCGACCCGGUAUGACCUCAUCAUGGAUGGACUCGAUGAGAAAGCGGUGCCUGUCGAUGACAGCAGUAUCGUGGCUGGUACCGUUCGCAGCUGCACAGAUGCUCGAGCCAUACUCCGUGAUACUCGCCAGGAGACCCGCCAGCACGCGCGUGUCAAUGUCGUGGUGCAGAAUCCAAUCGUGAUGAUUCAGUUCUGCCCCUUCGAUCAAGUAGAUAAAGAGUUACGCGUGUUCUGCGAACGGUUCAAUGACCUCGUUCGGCAAGACGACGUGGACCCGUUUGCGGCAGCUGCGUGGAUCAGCGACGUCUUCGUUACCAUCCAUCCCUUUGAAGCGAGCAAUGCGCUCCUGCCCCUUCUUGACACUUCGCUUACACGACUAUUUGGUUGUCUCAGGGCAAAUCGUGAUGGCGACUACUCCCGGCUAAUGAGGUUUCUGUACUUGGUGACGGAUGUAUCGCUAACUUUAAUCAAGAUGAUGAUUGACAUCGCACAGAAUGACAGUGAUGGCGGCUUGGACCCUUCACCAGGAAGCUCCCAGCAUUCAGUCGAUACGAUUUUAUCACGCGAGGAUACUAGCAACAUAUUUUGCGCACGCGGACCUGGCUCACAAAGCACUAGGCAAAAUGCAAGCAACAAAGAGUACACCACGGAAACUGAGGGCGGUUCCCAUGUCCACCGCGAACAGGACGGCAAUACCGCCAACGCGCUCAUCAUGCCACCGAUGUGUCGCGGACAACGUUCCUUCGGUCCUGCUCCUAUCGCAACCUCCACGUGGGAGCCUGCCUGGGAACAAAUAAGGCCGCGAAGGUACAACGCUCAACCCUCUGCCCGCUCCAGGCCACCGUCUGAGCUGUUGUACAGUAGGGAACCCGAGAAGCCUUGGGCCUGA